UCUUUCUUUACACACACCCACCGCCCAUGUAGCCGCCCCAAAACGCCGCUUUUCGCCUGACUGAGUUCAUUAAUGCGUAGAGGAAGAGGAGGAGGUGGACACUGCUCUUCUUCUACGUGCUGAGAGCUGCUGUUUCACUUCACCACCGCCUGCGAGCAGCCCUGUCACUGCUCCGUCUCUCUAGGUGUGACCUUUGGAUCUUUGCUGAAAAGUGCCAACAUUUUUGAUACUCGUUUUGUGUUGUUGUUUUUUGUACACUAAGCCUCGCCGGGGAGAGAGCAACUCCAGGGCGGUGAAACGAGAAGUUUAAACCUCCAGCUGCUUGCGCAAGAAGACGCCGGAUUUCACACCUCCACACACCGCUAGAUCUGAAGUGUGUGUAUUCUUUGUCUGGUGGAGGUUAUCAUCAACUUCAGUGAAGUUUUAUCUGCCAAGAGAGGAAACACAUCCGCCCGGCAUCAUGACUCGGAGAUCCUGUGCCAUUUACGCCACCGGGAUCGUGUGCGCUCACCUCCUGAUUGUGGGGAUCGCCCUGGUCGUGGCUCAAGUCUUCCAAACAAUGAUUCACAGCCGGUUAAAAAAGGAAAUGACUUUGACAGAGAAGAGCCAAGUGUUCGAUGCCUGGAAGAAUCCACCUCCACCCGUUUACAUGGAGUAUUACUUCUUCAAUGUGACCAAUCCGGAGGUGUUUUUGGCAGGCGGGAAGGCAACUGUUAAACAGAUCGGACCCUAUACUUACAGGGAGUACAGGCCGAGAGAAAACAUAACUUUCCUGGAGAACGGCACCAAGAUUUACGCCCUGAACCCCAAAACGUUUGUGUUUGUCCCUGAGAAGUCGGCGGGCGACCCAGAGGUGGACAUCAUCAGGACCGUCAACAUCCCGUUUGUGGCGGUGAUGAACGAGCUGAACUCUUACUCCUUCUUCCUGAGAACGUUGGUUUCCAUGUACAUGAACAGUCUGGGCAUUGAAAUAUUUAUGACCCGCACUGUCCACGAGGUCCUGUGGGGCUUUAAGGACCCUCUACUCACAAAGAUCCACUCUAUGAAGCCUGAUGUGGACGAGCAUUUUGGGCUGAUGUGGAAGAAAAAUGGCACCCAUGAAGGAGAGUUUGUGUUCCACACGGGCGAGGAGAACUACUUGGAUUAUGGAAAGAUUGACUCGUGGAACGGCCUGAGGGAGAUGUCAUGGUGGUCCUCCAAUCAGAGCAACAUGAUUAAUGGUACGGAUGGAGCAGUUUUCCACCCUCUGAUAAACAGGAACGAGCUGCUCUACAUCUUCGCUGCUGAUCUCUGCAGGUCGAUCCAUCUUGCCUAUGUGGAAGACGUGGAGGUGAAAGGCAUCCAGGCGUACCGCUUCGCCCCUCCCAGUGACGUCCUCAUGAGCCCCAAAGAAAACCCCACUAACGAGGGCUUCUGUGUUCCGGCUGGAGACUGUCUCGGCACCGGGGUGCUCAAAGUCAGCGUUUGUAGAGAAGGCGCUCCAAUCGUGGUGUCUUUCCCCCACUUUUAUCAAGCCGACCCAAAGUACAUUAACGCUGUGGAAGGGCUCAGCCCCAACAAGGAGGAGCACGAGACGUACCUGGACCUGCAACCGACCACAGGAGUUCCCAUCCGUGCCUGCAAGAGAGCUCAGCUCAAUAUCAUCCUGAAGAGAGUCCAAGGCUUCCCAAAAACCAAGUUCAUCAACGAGACCAUUUUCCCAAUCAUGUUCGUCAACGAGACGGCGACCAUUGAUGAUGACUCAGCAUCCCAAAUGAGGACGCUGCUCCUUAUCGUCACCCUCGUAUCAAACUUCCCAUUGCUCAUCGUGGGCAUGGGCAUCAUCCUGCUGCUGGUGCUUGUCAUCUUGUUCUGCCGAAACCGCCAGAAGAAGAGUGAAGUAAAACGUAUUGAUUUUACUGAAGCUUUUCAUUCUUUUACUACGGUGAAAGACGACACGGCCUACACUCAGGUCAGCGACAAACCUGACGAGCCGUCAGAAACGCCCGCAAGCCAGCCGAUGAGGAACGGCUCGUACAUCGCCAUGUCUCCAGUGGAGGCCCAGAAGUGUUGAUCAAGGAUCCUCCUCCCAGAGUGUGGAGCUCAGGAAGGGGGCUGGGGGAGCAGCACAUGGGUGUUACAUUACCACGGGUGGGGGGUUUGAAUACACGGUGGGUUUGGGAGGAUAGGGGGGAAGGGUUGGGACACAAACCCCCAGUACAUGUUUAGUCAACAAAGACAUUGCUCCGCUCACUGAGCCCUCUGAUGACUGUCUGCCCUCCUCCUAUUCUACCUGCUGAGCAUGGCCCUCACUGCCUGCCGUACUGCAACACAACCCACACUCACUCACACACUUUCCGUCCUGGCCGACCCUACAGAUGAAGAGACUCUGGGUGGGCGCGGCUGGGACAAGCCUUUUCUUCCCAUGAUUCUCCUGAGGGAACACGGUAGCAGCAUAGGCAUCGCUGUUGUGCGCGGAUGCAUGAACUUCAGUGUUUGUAGUUUUCACCUGAACAACAGAGGGUGGUGUUACCUUCAUAUUCUCCCUCUUUAUUGGUCUUCUCUGAGGAGAAAACAGACCAGAUUUAAAAACCCCAUGCAAAAAUGAAUCCUUUAUUAGGUCAAAACUCAGAGCUCAAGGCUCAAAAGACAAAAUGUUUUUCAUUUAAUGUAUCUUUUUUGUAAAGAAAAAAACUAAGCCAAACUAUUUAAAGAAGUUUGCCUUUUCCCCAAGAAGACUUAGUGAAACUACCCACACACAAACACACCGAACGCACUUCGAGUAUCAGUAAGUUAAAGUGUGUGUGUGCACCUUUAAUAACACUUAGCUGUCCAGUUUGAUGGACAGCUCUGUUUCUCUUAAAGCAGGCACGGUGUACUGUGACUCCUGGAGUACUUGUGAUCUUGAACGCCCCCUUCUCUCUUGUUUCAGCUGGGUUUUUAUGAAACACUAGGUAUGAACAGAAAAUAUCAGAGAGAGCUCAGCCACAUUUCGAAGUUCCGAGAUGAUGACUGAGUUAGCUGUGAGAGGUUAACGAUGCACCUUUUUGUAGGCUUUACCACACUUUAAAAACAAAAGGAGAAAAAAAAGAAAAAACACCCACAAGAACUUACAAGGGAGACUUGAACCUGCUUUCUGCCUUACAACGGUUCAGCGUGUUCUUUAUGUUCGUUCAUAGUUCAAAUAAGCUGGAAAAUCUCUUCUGUCUUUAUUGUACAUAUGUAAAGGGGAAAUGUCGAGAUACCUCUGACCAAAAUCCAGCAAACAGUCCUCCUAGGCGUGCUGAAAGACACUAACGUCGCUGUGGUGUCGACCGCUCCUGCACGUCUACACUGUUACCUAUUAGAGAAAGCACAAUUUGGAUUGUUAAAACCAGUCCUAACACAAGGCGACCAUUUUCUUUGUCCUCUUGUUAUACAUAUAUUUACAGCUGAUCUGUCAGAGACACUGUCAAGUGCCGUGACUAUUAAAAAAAGUGGAAUCAUUGGGGUUUUUGAGGGAGCCUUGUGUGCACCACUCGCCGCUGUGCAGUCAUUCAGUUUGCCAAGGAGCUGUAGGCAUUCGGGCAAGCAGAAAAAACGCAGCACACAGCACUUGAAUCACUGUUUGUCUUAUGUUUCAUGUUGUGUUAUCUUCUCUAUGUCCGCCACAUGUCAGAAAAAAUGUUUAAAAAAACUGGUAGUCUCAGUGGGAAGUGAAUUUAAGGCCAUAAAACUGUCAACAUGGAGAAUUCCCUGCACUUUGCCUGGAAAAUUGUGCCCUGUUUGUUUUCAUUAUUUUUGUCUGUUUGUUUUUUUUGUCCUUGUCAUUUUAAUGCAGGUGGUAUGUUCAGAACAUUUCAAUGGUUUGUCCUCACAAGUAUUGGUAAUGAAGGAUGUCGUUGCUAGAGAAACAACACAUCCGCGCCUCUGUGUUACUUGCUUUUCAGCACAUGGAGUGUCUUCUUUUUGAUAUACUUUUGUAUUUGUUAUUGCUGCUAAACAACAAAAUGCCAUAAUCUAUGGACUUGUAUUUGCAUAUGGGAUAUUACCCAUAAUGUGCUCUAAUUCAGGUUGAUCCAGAGUCUUAAAUCUCAAGGAUUUAACCCAUUCUUUGACAUCCGAGCACAAGGAUACAAAGCCCAAAGCUUGCUGCCAUCUAUUGGAAAUAGCAGUUAGUUAUCACACUUUAACCACUCAUUCCUUCGUUAGCAGGUCUGACCAUAUCACAUGUAUCGUGGGGGUUUAUGGUAGGAUUAGUCAACUUUUACCGAUCACUUGAGGUGCACAAAAAGGGCGAGCCACUCCAGCACCACCUCAGAUUGGUGUCUGAAGUCAGCGAUUGUGGGAAUAUUAACACUGUGGUGGAAGUUUCUCUGAAAGUAUUCCUUUAAAUCAAUUCACUAAAGGCCUUUUUAUUCCACCAUUUGCGCAAGCAGCCACCGCCUUGUGCAAACUCGUAGUCCAUCAUUAUCCACCUUUUUAAACUUGAACCUGAGAGACCUUAAUCCCCAGAGUCGUGUGUGUAUGUUUGUGUAUAGCGUCUGUUCAAACACACACCUGAGCCAUCUCUGUCUGACUUCGACAACUUCAACCUUUGAGUCUCGAUCUAUCAAGCCCGAUGGCUCGUCCCUGCUCGACCAAAGAUAACCCACAUGGAUCUGCCCCGGCGCCAUGUUUACUCUCCUCUGCGAUAACGGUUGUGCCACAAAACCACCACCUACUCUUUGCUUUUUUAAACGUGCCACCAAUUACGGGAAGUAUUUGCAGCAGUGUUGUGUGAGCGUGAACAGAAAUGUGUGAGUGUAUGUGCCUUUUUACACCAAGGCAAGAAAAAAAAAAAACAUUUCAAAGUUGGUAGUGUGAUGAGUAUUGCUUUCUCUGUCACUCAAUGCAAGAGCAAACAAAAGUAAUCAAUGCUCUCUGUGAGCAGAUCUCAGUAUUAUGUAAGACAAAGCAAUACAGAUUUGUGUGAAAUAUUUUAUUAAGGGGCCACACAAUAUUUAUGUUUUUCUUGGAUUUGUUUCUGUUUUGUUAGUUUCUUGUGUAGAAAUAUUUCCUUUUUUUUUUUGUAAAUGAUUUAGUUUUUUUUUAAAUAUUCAGCACAUUUCUUUUGAUCAUUUCAAACUGAGAAAAUAAAAAGUGUAAAAGCUGGUCCAGUAUUUCACGCUGGGAGCUGUGGGGGCCCUGUACAAUGUUUGUAAAGAGUGUUCAUGAAUGGUUUUGGGUUGUUUGUGAUGGAAGAGUGUGAGAACUUGUGAGUAAAAAUUGUGUUUGUGGAGAGUGCACCAUUUCUAUGAAACGAGUGAUAUUUUUUUUUCAGGAAGGCUGACUGUCUUGAUGACUGAGUAAAGAAAAGCAUUGAUGCUGUGUUAUCUAUCUAGAUGAAUGAAGCCCUCCUUCAGGGAUGAGCACUUGUGCCAUACCAUCCUUUUAUUGUUA